UGGGCGGGGAUUCUCUUGUUUGGUUAUUGUAAAGGAGAAAAAGUUACACAAGCGCCAGGAUUUUGUAACGCACACUUUAGCUACUAUAUAAUUGUUGCCACUCGUUACUGUGCCACUAGUGUCUACUUAGCUUUACAUCGGAGUGAACAAACCGAGCGCUGAAUCAAAGAGCUUUGUUUUUUUUAUCAACAAAGAUAGAAUAAUCGAUCGUUUUUUAAUUAUACAAGGACUCUACCAACAGUCUUAUAUGUUUACAUUACUGAAAGUGAAAAUGAAAUAAAUUUCAAGCAACCGGGAUGCAAUUUUGAUUAAAUAACAGAUAAAACGCGAAACGGGUUGAGGUCUAGACGGGCUCGAGAGAUUUGGCUAGUGACAACAAGAUAGAAGCGCGCGCUUAAAAUAUGGAGUUGAAUUCAGUGAUUUUGACCACUGGGUCUUCGGUAGGCUUUUUCAAAUUAGUAAACUAUGGAGUCGGGAAACUUCCCAUCCCCGAGACAGCCCAGAGGAACGUCUGGAAAUGGAAAAACAUCUCCACGUCUUUCGUGCACAGUCUCCUCACUGGAGUGUGGUCCGUGCUUUGUUUUUGCAUGCAUCCCCAGAUGGCUGAGGAUUUGAUAGAAACAUACUCCGUUUUCUCUCACGCCUUGGUAUCUGUAUCAAUCGGGUACUUUAUAUAUGACUUCUUUGAUAUGGUUAUCAACCAGAAGAUCAGUCAUUCAUGGGAGCUCCUUUUCCACCAUGUAGUGGUGAUCACCUGUUUCGGGAUCUCUGUGUUGACCUGUCGGUAUGUGGGUUUUGCCGUGGUGGCUCUGUUGGUGGAGAUCAAUUCAAUCUUUCUGCACCUGAGGCAAGUGCUCCGCAUGGCCAGCCUGGCCAAAAGUACAUUUUACCGCGUCAACAGUAUGAUCAACCUGGGCACCUAUGUAGUGUUUCGCAUCAACACUCUGGCCUGGAUGACCCGCUGGCUGGUGCUAAAUCGUGACCUCAUCCCCCUAAUCAGCUACACCAUCGGCAGCGUGGGUCUGGCCAUCAUGACCCUCAUGAACAUUGUGUUGUUUUACCGCCUGAUGAGAAGUGACUUCAUGAAGUCCAGCCGCGAGAAGGAUGUGAGGAAAGAGAAGGAGAAAGAAAUGUAAGGAGAGGACUCUUCCCACUCCAGCUUCAGCUCCAACCAAAUCCACUCUUAUCGCCACCAUUCCCAGACUUUCGGGAAAAAGUUCCUUCCAACCCACUGACUUCAUUCCUGUAACACCUGAUUGUCGACUAGAUCAAAAUGUACUCAUUUUAUAGACCUCAAGCUGUGCUAAGAUUAUGAUGGCUGUUGUCACACGUUUACAGUUGUCUGACAUGGAUGACAUAUAUUGACACAUGCAACUUUAUGAUCAAAUACUCCUGCAUGAUUUAUACAAUGAAUCAAAACAUUAUCAAUUCUAAUGAACUGGAUCUGUUUACUUUAAUCAAAUCAUAAGCUACCCCAUGGAAUGUAUACAUUAUCUAUUAAAUGUAAGCAAAUAUUCUGCUCAAAUAGGAACUACAUAUGUGGGAUUAAAAAAUGGAAAGAAUAUAUAUAUAUAAGUUUGGGUACCUCAUCAUCCUACUUUUAUAUAGUUUUUAAAUGUACAGUUCGCUCAAAUUUGAUUGAUCUGUUGCCCCUUAAGAGGAGAAUCUGAAUCUCGAUGCUGGAGUCUUCACAGCGAUUAUCAGGUUUAAAACACACUUUCUUACAAUGAAACGGAAUGCAUUUGAGGUUUGACAUCUGACAGGACUUUCAUUGCACAAAUCAUGCCUGUAGAUGGCACCACACACAACACAACACAACAGAGACCUCAUGUUAGCUUAUGCUAAUACUUAGUCUAUAGAGAAGCGAUGAUUAAAGCAGCACUGAUAUUGCUUUAAAUGAGCUGAACUUUUUUUAAAAUAUAUAUAUAUAUAUAUAUAUAUAUAUAUAAUCUUUGUAAUUGUUUAUUUUAUAUAUUUGUAAUUCGUGUGUAAUUAAUAUCACUGAUUACUAUGGUGGGAGGAAAACUGCAAAAAAAAAAAUCACUUUGGAGAGCAAAAUGAAUGGCGGAACACUGUCUUGUGCAAAAUGUUGCGAUUUUGUUUGUGGUUAAAGAAGAACGGUCUUAGUCAAAGUAAAGGCAUUGUUUUGUUUAGCCUUAUUUCACAUACUCCGUGCCAUGGAGAUUGUAGACUGAAUUCUGAAUAUUAUUGAAUUAUAGGCAAGAGUGGCCCGUCUUUCUGGUGGGAAAGUUGACGCACUGGAACCGCAUGUAGCAUCACCGACUUGUGCCACAAAACUAACAAAACUAGUUUUUCAAAGCACCAAAGUUUAUUCAUAAUGUUUGUUUUAAUCUGGUGUAGCCUACUCCUUCCUUAUUUUUACUGUUUGUAGGAAGGCUUAAUAAUUAAGUAAAAAAAGCUACUCAUAUUAAAAUUAUUACAGGAACUUGAAAGCAAGUUAAAUAUGGAAAAAUAUAUGUGCACUGAACUAUUGGCAGCUUCAUAUCGAGUCUAUGUGCUUGUAUAUGUGGUUCCUUAAUUAAGUAACUGGUAUCUGUAUUUAAAUGUGUUUAAAACUGAAAGUGUACAUUUUAGUUUUUGAGAAAAAAAUCCAAUGUGACUUAGAACAAUUUAAAGAUCUUUUCAGCAAUGCGGUUGUCCUUCACUUGACUGUGCAGUUCUGUACUGUGUUUGAAAGAUAAGCUACUGUUGUAUUGUGGAUCUGAUUUGUUUGAGCCUAGUGUUGCAGUGUUUUCCGAAGCCAUAAUUAAAAAGAAAAAAAAAUUACAGCUGGAAAAAAAAUAGAUAUACGCCCGUUUCCCCAGGAGAUCACAACAGGAAAACAGUUUUUUCCUUUUUUUUUUCUUUUUUUUUUUUCUUAACCCUUGAUGUUUUAGUUAGCCUAAUCAUUUAAGUUUUAAACAAUUGUAUCUAAAAUGUAUAUAGCAUAAUUGUAUUUUUGUUUGGAUGAAUUGUUUUGUAAUUAAUAUAAAAAAAAAUAUUUGUAUAUGACCUUUAUAUUGUUAAUCGUGAAAUAAAAUGUUAUUAACAAUUUA